UUCGAUUCAGGUGAACAAAUUUUUGUGUCGUUACUACGUAUUAAAAAAGUAGCCCAAGUCGUCACCCACGUUCAUUUUUCUCGCGCGGAAACAGUAGCACCCUCGCCCCAGGCCGAAGAUAGUCCACUGCGUUUGAUUCCCAACAAACAAACAAAAAAAAAAAAAACCGCAGUGUACAUACAGUGUGUUGCGAAAUUCAGAACACCGCGUCUAAAUCGCGCAUGUGCCCCAAGUGGCUGGCCUCUCCCCUGGCAGACGUCCCUUAUAAUAACCGCAGUAACUCCUAGUUGCCGGGACGUCGAGGGUCGCGCUAUCGCGACACCGUCUCUGAUAAUACGUGCGUACGCGUGCGUGUCAAAGCCGUACCAAGUGUGCCAAUCCUCCACCGCGUGCUCCUCAACGAGACAGGUCGUCUACGAGCGAUCGUCAGGGGCUCGAGGAUGCUGAAGAUCGUCAAAGUUGGAGCUGACGGGCUCAGGAGGCUCCAUACCAGCAACAAGAGACGAGCCGCAGUACCAGCGUCGAAGAAGCUUGGAAUUUUAAAAUACUUGGACGCCGCUUACGGAAGUGCCUUAGAAUUAGAACGCGCGCAGACACGCGACUACAGCUUCAUUCAUGACAGCCACUACAUGUAUACCAGAGACCAGGACCAAGCGACAAAUGCCGAGGAUGUGCUAUUCGACAUGUUCAAAAACGAGGAGACUGGUCUUCUACCGAUUGGCAAGUUCUUGGCCGCUUUGAGGACGACCGGUUUACGAAACGACGACCCCAGACUUCAAGAAUUCACGGACAAUUUGCGGAAAGAGCACUUGAGGGGGGGACACGAGGGUAUCUCGCCAGAGACGCAGAAGCUGAACAAGGAACAGUUCAGAAGGGUCAUCAAUCCCAACAUAGUCCUGAUUUCGAGGGCGUUCAGACACCAGUUCAUCAUUCCUGACUGGUCGGGUUUCACCAAGCACAUAGAGGACUUCUAUUGGAAAUGCAAGUCGAACUCCGAGGGCAAGGUCGCCUCCUACAUACCACAACUGGCGAGGAUGAAUCCGGAUUACUGGGGCGUCUCUGUCUGCACGAUCGAUGGACAGAGGUUCAGCAUCGGCGACACGUCCAUUCCCUUCACCCUGCAGAGCUGCAGCAAACCUCUGACCUACGCCAUUGCUCUGGACAGGCUAGGCCAGGAAGUCGUACAUCAAUAUGUUGGCCAGGAACCGUCUGGACGAAACUUUAACGAGUUGGUGCUGGACUAUAACAAGAAACCCCAUAACCCCAUGAUCAACGCCGGCGCGAUACUGGUCUGUUCCCUGUUGAAGUCUCUGAUCAAACCAGAAAUGACUCUAGCCGAGAAGUUCGACUUCGCCAUGAACUACUUCAAGAAGCUAGCUGGUGGGGAGAACCUAGGCUUCAACAAUGCUGUCUUUUUGUCCGAGAGAGAGGCUGCUGAUAGGAAUUACGCUUUAGGAUUCUACAUGAGGGAGCACAACUGUUAUCCCGACAAGAGUAAUCUGCGGGAAAUAAUGGACUUCUACUUCCAAUGCUGCUCUAUGGAAGCUAACUGCGACACGAUGGCGGUGAUGGCAGCUACUUUGGCCAAUGGAGGCAUUUGUCCCAUCACAGAGGAGAAGGUCCUGAAGCCUGACAGCGUUCGAGACGUCCUCAGCCUGAUGCAUAGCUGCGGCAUGUACGACUACAGUGGUCAGUUCGCUUUCAAGGUUGGUAUACCAGCGAAGUCCGGGGUGUCUGGUAGCCUUCUGGUGGUCAUUCCUAACGUAAUGGGUAUUUGCACGUGGUCGCCACCCUUGGAUCCUCUUGGCAACUCGUGUCGUGGCGUGCAAUUCUGCGAAGAGCUAGUCACAGAGUUCAACUUCCACAGCACCUACUAUGAUCACAGGUACGACAACCUAAAGCACGCGACGAACAAGAAGGACCCGAGGAGACACAAGUACGAGACCAAGGGGCUGUCCAUCGUCAACCUCUUGUUCAGCGCGGCUAGCGGUGACGUAACUGCCAUGAGGCGGCAUCGAUUGAGUGGGAUGGACAUGACGCUGUCGGAUUACGACGGGAGGACAGCCCUGCACCUGGCUGCCAGUGAAGGACACUUCGACUGCGUCGAGUUUCUGCUCGAGCAAUGCGGAGUCCCGCACGACCCCAAGGACAGAUGGGGAAAACGACCGAUAGACGAGGCGGAAACCUUCGGACACAUGCAAAUAGUGGAGUAUCUCAAAAACUACGCGCUGGCUCGCAAAACGGAAAUAGAGGAUGAGGUGAAGGAACCGGAAGAGGAGACGACGGAGCCGAGGAAAGUCGUGGAAACGGCGGGCCAAACACCGUUGCCCUAAACGACGCUUUAGAUAGGAUAUUUUUCAUGGGUAACGUGACGUGCGUGUGAGAUUCCCGAGUAAGAAUGAUAAUGGGAACCCGAGGUCGUCGUGAAUUGAUUAUUUUCGUACGGUGCGGCUGAUUUAUGUUCGUUUCUACUCUAACUUUUAAGUAUUAGCCUAGUGUUACGUCUCUCUGUGACCCUCUCUAUCAAUAGAAUUUACAUUUUUUUUAAUUUAUGCAUCUCAACAUACAUUUUGGAAUUUAAAACAAAGUGAUUGGCAAAAAUGGCUACCAUGGAAAUGUAUCCUUGGAAACUGAUGAAAAUGUGUUGGUGUAAACUACUCGAUCAAAUCUUCCAAUAUUACUAUUAGUUUAUUAACAAUUGUUUGGCAAUGAGAGGAUAUAAUUUAUCGUUCAAUAUUCGUAAUACUUAAAAACCAUAGAAACGACACCUUUACUAUUUAAUUUGUCCUCUUCGGGUACAGAAUUUAUUUUCGUUCUCACCAGGAAUAACGAUAGAUCCAGGUAUAUAUUUUUCUUUUAAAUUUGUUAUGUAAUAUCAAUGCGUUUUAUCAUUUCCAUGGUUUGCUGGAAGUUAACAAUGCUUAGAUAUUCUAAACUCCCAAUAGACUGAGCACAAUGGCAGCCGGAAAUAUUCUGGACUUUCGUGAAUUUCUAGAGUUCUUCAUGUAUGACUAAUAUAUUUAAGCAUUGUCGACUUCCAUCAAACCAUUGAAAUUAUGAAGCAAUUAUUACGUAGCCAAUUUAGGUCGACAAGCUUAAAUUUAGGCUGUUUUUUUUUAUCUUUCCGUUGUGGAUCGGAAAAGACGGCCAUUUUGGUUUAUUAUCUGAAGUGGACCACAAACAAGGUGGCGUAAUCGUCGGUCACAAGUUUUUCAAUAUUUAUGUAGAAAGAACAAGAAUAAAAUUUAAUAAGUUGCUACUUGUUAAAAUUAUAUUUUGCUAUUUAUGAAAAUGAAAAUACUUUUCGCGGAAUUCCUGAUUUUUUCAUUUAUGAAAGAAUAGUUUAUCGUGGCAUUUUUAAUGUCAAAAUAGUGGAUUGUUUGGGUUACAGAGGGCUAGCGUGUAAGCCAUGCGUUACUUAGAAAGACGAUAACGAUCAUUUACAGUAUUAUUUGCGCGUAUCUGUUGAGAUCUCGAUCUGUUUCAAUGAAAGAGCGCCUAAGAUGUGGUAAUAAUUUAUAACGAAACCAUCGAUAGAUCAUAAUUGAGUUUUUUUAAUGCAUUAAACGUAGAUAACUCGAUUAAGAAUCCGGAAGAUUGUACAAGAGAUGAAAUGUACACCGAAGGAACAUCUUCGUAUAGAUAGCGUUUUAUUCGUUUAUGUGAUACUCGUUCCUAUUUAUCUACUAAUUCAGACUACGUUUGCCACUUUUUUUUAAAUAAAGUCUGCAACCGAGAUUGAUCUACAAGAGCAUCCUUUGUUUUAAACUCUACAGUUUUCGCAAUUAAUACGAUAAUUUUGUACCAAUCCUUGCACUUUGUUAAAGGUUUUACAUUAGAAGAAAAUUCAUUGUCUAAACACACUUUCAUAUUAUCAGCGAUGGGUCACUUAUCAUUCGAAACACUUAUCCCUAAGGAUCAUUCAUUCAAUUAAAUUUUACUACUUCUGACUCAAACAUUUAAAAAUAAACAAAUGAUUUAAUCAACCUCGAUUACUUUAUACCUAAAGUGAUAAAUGACCUUGGUAAAUGUACAAACCCUAAUUAUAUUUGGACAAGUUUGACGUAGAACAAUACUGAUUAGUUGUGCUGACAAUAAGUCGUUCUUCACGGGAGAACAUUUUUUAUAAAUAUUUUUCGAAGGUGGAAUGUGUGGAAGGCAAGGCACUCGCGAGUUAGGCUUCUAAUCGAUUUUGACCAUCUAACAGCAUGGUCCAAGUGUAUCGAAACGAGAUUAUGAAACAUUGAGUCUGACUCGGUUGCAGACUCCGUGAUUUCGUGACUCAAUGUUCGCGACCUCGUUCCAUUUAAAUAUGUAAGAGUUCGGUCUGAAAGCGAAGCAGCAUAUUAUGAACAGGAACUGUGAUCCUCCGCGUCGUAUGCGCGAAGCCAUAAACGAAAUUAGCUUGUACGAUCGCGAACAAACGAACAGAACUACCAUAAGUUAAGGGGGCAAAGUGCGCUGAAGCAUUUUUUGUUUCCUGUACGAGUAAUAUAUUUCCACUGUUUAUUCGUUAGCUAAAACGGUUGAAACUUCAUUGGACGUAAUUGAAAACAAAGUGCUUUCAAAGUACAUAUUCGUCGAAAGUGAAUUUCAAGAAUUUUUGAAAUUAAUUUCUUUCGUUUUAAACAUGAAGAAAGUCCAGAAAAUGAAAAUAGAAUUUUAAAAAUGUAUAUAUAUAUCAUUCUUUUGUUUAAUAUUUGAUGGAAGAUUCAUAUUUUACAAAUUGUCUAAUGAAGGAUCAAGGAUGCCACUAUCGCCUUUCGUCAAUUACUUCAAAGUCUGCCUUAAAGUCGACGAGAAAUGGGUGUACGCGAGCAGAAAGCAAAGAAUCAACUGAUUAGCUGCCUGGCAAAAAAAAAAAGAGAAACUAGCCAAGAAUCGAAAACGUGAAUAUAUAAUAAAUUUAUUAGAGAAUACAGAUUGUAUCUCGUCCGAUGAACAUGACGUUUGCCGCGUUAGAAUAUAUUUCUCGAAUAAACACAGUAUAUUCUACAUAUCGUUCAAAGUGCGUUACCUCAUAAAUGUUGCGCAAUCUUUGCCAGAAUGUAUUUUCCAAAGGACGAAGGAUAGUAAGAAUAUAUUUAUCUCGCGAGCAAGCGGAUCUCCUUCCCUCCAACUAUUCGUGAUUAUUCAGAGGUGGGCAAAAUUCUUAUUUAGAUAAACUAUUCGAAUAACGAAUGAGGGUUACUCGUUAAGUAAAAACUCCAAAUUAAACUACAGAAUUGAAUAUAUCACAAUGAGCGAAGAAAAGUAAAACUACAAAAUAUUAUAAAGUACAACUAUUCGAUCGAAUAAACGUCACGAAUAAAUUGCUAUACGUUAAUCGUAUUCGUUAUCCAUUAUUCGAAUAAAAUUUUGCCCUAUAUCUGCCAUCUUUCGGAGUUUAAGUUCAGAUAGGAAGAGACAAUAAUUUUUAUUAAUCAAAUCGAUGCUUUGAUUGGGGAUCAAACUAUUUUCAAUAGAAGUAGUCAAGAAUGGGCAAAGUUUUUAUCUAAACAAAAGUUUCAAAUAACGAAUAAAAGGCAAAUAAUAUUUAAUCUGUAAUCAUUUCUAAUCUUAAUAACUGUACGAUCAUCUUCAAUGUACACUUACACAAUAGUGCACUACAGACGUUAAAUAUAUGAUGAAUAAAUUAUUUAAAUAAAACUUUGCCCGUCUCUGGAAGUAGCAACAUCGUUGAACGUUCGAGUUUCAUUAUAAACGCAAUUUUCAAUAUGAAAAUCAUAGUUCGAGAACAAAAAUCAUUCGUGUGUUAAUUGCGUUAAGUUCCGAGAGCGAAUGAGUUUCAGUAUUAAUUGCUACGGUCGAUUAAGUUAAUUUGUAAGAUAUUAGUUUCGAGAUACUGUUUCAUUUAGGGAAAACUAUUCUGAACAACUUGUACACUUUCAUCCUUUUACCACAAAGUUGCUUGUGAAAUAAAUGUUCAAAGUAAACAUU